UUGACGUCGCGUAGUACCCGGAUGCGCCAUAUAAAUACUCGAGCAGGCCGCUCAUCCUUCCUUUCCUGAAGAGCGUAGAGAGUGCGCGCUUCCUGACUCACCGCUGUUCGCGUUUUAGCCGUUGCUACGAAUAAGUCGGUCAGGAAACAUAACUAUGGCAUUUAAAGACACUGGUAAAGCACCUGUUGAGGCAGAGGUCGCCAUCCACCGUAUCCGCAUCACCCUGACCAGCCGCAAUGUUAAGUCUCUGGAGAAAGUGUGCGCUGAUUUGAUCCGUGGCGCCAAGGAGAAGAGCCUGAAGGUGAAGGGACCCGUGCGGAUGCCCACUAAGACUCUGCGCAUCACAACCCGUAAGACACCUUGCGGUGAAGGUUCCAAGACCUGGGACAGAUUUCAGAUGCGGAUUCACAAGCGUCUGAUUGAUCUGCACAGCCCAUCUGAGAUCGUCAAGCAGAUCACCAGCAUCAGCAUCGAGCCAGGUGUAGAGGUUGAGGUCACCAUUGCAGAUGCCUAAACUGUGUCUGACACGUUCAGCUACUGUGUAAUUGCCGUGUGCGCAAUAAACAUGGAGAUUUUUGGA